AUGCCUCGACGCGCCGCCCUGGAGCCCAAGCCGCGCAAGCCGCAGUACUCACCCGAGAAGCGCGCCCGCAUCGCCGUCCUCUCCGAGCUGGGCAUGUCGCUCAAGGAGAUCUCCGUCAAGGAGGACGUCCCCGUCUCGUCCAUCAAGGGCAUCGUCACCCGCUACCGCCUCCAGCAGGCCGGCCGCGACCGUCCCCGCCCCGGACGCCCUCGCAUCCUGUCGGACCGCGACGUCAAGACCGUCCUGCGCGUCCUCAAGGAGAAGCCCGCCAUCUCCUACGCCGAGCUCAAGCGCGACGCCAACCUGACCUGCGCGACCAAGACCCUGGUCCGCUACCUGCAGAUGGAGGGCAUCAAGCCCAACAAGCCGGCCCCGGGCGACUCCGAGGAGGAGGCUUCCAAGCUGCGGGUGCUGGCCGAGCCCGAGCCUGCUGAUGAGGAGUGA